CGCUGGGAAGCGGCCAAUCGGAACUCACCUACUUCUGCCUGGACUGGCGCGCGAGAAUUUGAAUACAGUCGGGACCCCUGGCUCUGCUGAGGAGAGGUUGCCAGUCCGAGGGGCGGGAGUUCAGUUAAGAAGAUGUCAACUUUAACUCCAAGGAAAAGGAAGCAGCAUUCUUUGAACUGUGAUAACCUAUUAUCAGAAAUUCCAUCAAAGAAAUUAAUUUCGGACUUUACUGAAAAUAUAUUUCCAUCACCUAAUAAAAAGCACAUUUGCCAAAGCAGUGAUAAAAAUGAAGGAAAGAUUCAUUGCUCUCAACAAGGCCAUUUCAUUUCAAGUCCACUCAAAACGACUAAAACUAGAUUGCCAUCUGCAAAUCAAGGUUCACCAUUUAAAUCUGCUGUGUCUACCAUAUCCUUUUACAACAAAGAUAAGUGGUACCUCAAUCCACUGGAGAGAAAGCUGAUAAAAGAGAGUAGAUCUAUUUGUCUAAAAACUAAUAAUGAAGAUAGAUCAUAUCCCAGUGUGACAGGAAAAAUGCAGGGAAAACCAGCCUGCUCCAAGACGAUGAACAAAAAACCACAGAAGUGUUUAACUGCUAAGUGUCAACCAGGAUAUAAGUGCAUCAAGCCUGUGUCAAAGAAUCCUAAAAAUUCCAAGCAAAAUCGAGUGGCCUAUAAGCCAAUUGUGGAGAAAGAGAAUAAUUGUUACUCAGCUGAAAAUAAUCUGAAUGCUCCUCGAGUUCUAAGCCAAAAGGUCAAACCGCAAGUUACCCUCCAGGGAGGAGCGGCUUUUUUUGUUAGGAAAAAACCCUCUCUGAGAAAAUUGUCCCUGGAAGAUAAGCCAUUACUGGGACUCACCCAAAAGAAUAAAUCAGAAGUUAUUGAAGAGUCUGAUGUGGAAACUGUCAAUGAAAGAAGUUUUGAGACAAGGCAAGUGCCAAAGUGUUUGUUAGUAGAAAAAGAACUGAACACUGAGCUGCUGAGUGAAAGAAGUAAAAAUGAAGAGAAAUUAAUAAAGGAUGCAUCAGAUAGAGUCAUUUCUUCAAGGGAAUGUAAAACCGAUGAAAAUAAGAGUUUUUCUUCAGAGGAGUCUUUCAGUGAGAACAAGGCAGUUUCUCCUGAGACCCUUGUCUAUCCCAUCUUCACCGUGUCUUCAGUCAACACAAAAAGAUCUCUAGUUGAAGAACAGUCUUCUGUGGGAUCCGUCACGUCUACUAACUUCUUGAAACAAAUCAAUAUACAGAAAAAUACUAAUACCAGAGAUGCAAAUAAAGAAACAAAAGACCAGCUCGUCAUUGACGCUGGUCAGAAACAUUUUGGAGCCACCAUGUGUAAGUCUUGUGGCAUGAUCUACACUGCUUCCAACCCCGAGGAUGAACUGCAGCAUGUUCAGCAUCACCACAGAUUUCUGGAGGGAAUCAAAUAUGCAGGCUGGAAAAAAGAACGUGUUGUAGCAGAAUUUUGGGAUGGGAAAAUUGUGUUGGUCCUGUCACAUGAUCCGAGUUAUGCUAUCAGAAAGGUCGAAGAUGUCCAAGAACUUGUCGAUUAUGAAUUGGGCUUCCAGCAAGUUGUUCCCAGAUGUCCAAACAGAACUAAAACUUUUCUCUUUAUUUCUGAUGAAAAGAAAGUAGUUGGGUGUUUAAUUGCAGAGCCCAUCAAACAGGCCUUCCGUGUCCUGUCUGAACCAACUGGUCCAGAAUCCCCAAGCUCUAAAGAAUGUCAUAGGGCUUGGCAAUGUUCAGAUGUACCAGAGCCUGCAAUCUGUGGGAUAAGUAGAAUUUGGGUCUUCAGAUUGAAGAGAAGAAAGCGCAUUGCAAGACGACUGGUAGAUACUCUAAGGAAUUGCUUCAUGUUUGGCUGUUUUCUCAGCACGAAUGAAAUAGCAUUUUCUGACCCAACACCAGAUGGCAAGUUAUUUGCAACCAAGUACUGCAACACCCCUAAUUUCCUUGUAUACAAUUUUAAUACUUAAAGCCAAUUUCAACUAUAGAACAGUUACUAUAUGGAUGAGUUCAGACAGCCCAUUAUCAUAAAAUACAAACUAUUUAACAAAUAUCAAAAUAAAAAUACUAAGACACACACACAUAUACAGAAACCUGCCUCAGUUUUGUUCCUUAUGAAUUGAAAAGUCAGGGGUAAAUUCGUUGAAAAUUAUCUAGGGAUGCAAAGAAAGGAAAAAUCUUUGGAUGAUGUAUACUGACUAGCACUCUGAAUCCUUAGUUAUGAAGCUUGGUAGCUAUAGCUGGAAAAUACUUUCCUUCUAUGUAAGAACAUUGACAAAGCAAGGUGGUUUUCCACAGAAAUGUGACCACUUAUGAUUUAUAAAGCACACCUUGGGGCCAGAAUUUUCUCGUGCCUGAUCAGAAGCAAAGAGGAGAAUUUAAAGACAGGCAAAUAAUUUCCAUCCCCAUUUUUUUAAAGGUAAUUCCUGAAUUCGUACACAAAAUUCUCACUUUAUAGGCACGUGGCUGUAGCAACUCAGUUUGAGUAUAUUUAAAGUAUUUUGAGUUUCUAAUUUGUACCAGGGAAAGAUGGUAAAAAGUAAGAUUUCCAUAUCCUUUUGUA